AUGGCCGAUCAACAGCACGACCCAGCCAGAUUCAAGGAUUUCUAUGUUCAUAAUUUGCAAUACAAAGUCGCACAUCAACAUAAAAUUCUUCUCUCCAUCCUUGUUCCGAAAUCUUUAGCCACAGAUGGAGCCAAUAUUCCUACGAGGAGGCCGUUGAUCACCACCUUUCAUGGCGGCUGGCUGGUUGGGGGAAGCCGUCUAUACUCACCCUGGAUCGCACCUUGGCUUCUAGACCUUGCUUUAUCCCGACAAGCUAUCCUCAUUUUCCCAGAUUACCGUCUUCUUCCAGAAGCGACGGGUCUUGAUAUUCUCUCCGAUAUAGACAGUUUUUGGUCUUGGGUUUCCGAAAAUCUCGAAUCAACUCUGCAAUUCCUCUAUCCUCAGCAUGGCAUCAAAGCUGAUUUGGACCGAAUUCUUGUCUAUGGGGACAGUGCAGGCGGUUAUUGCGUAGCGCAAAGCCUUCUCCGCCACCCAGAGAUGAACUUUCGAGCUGCCAUCAUGGCGUACCCAAUGGUCCACUUUCAUGACCGAUACUGGAGUGAGAAAUACGACAAACCGAUCUUUGGUACACCUAACCUGCCAGAAGCCAUUGUUGAGGAUCAUCUAAAAACCAUCACACCCACCACAGUCUUUUCUAGUGAUGGGGACCCAGACAAAGUCACAACCUCAACCAGAAUGCCUCUAGCGUUGAGCAUUGUCCAAAAUGGAAGGUUUAUUGAGUUCCUCGGAUGUGAACCCGAGCUCUAUCCUAUCGAUCUUUUACCACAAGCCAAAAAAUUGCCUCCAUUCAUCUGGUUGUUCCAUGGUAAACAAGACUCUGCAGUGCCUUUUGCGCAAAGCGAAUAUUUCUUGGAACAUCUCAAGAAGCAUGCUCCACACACAAAUAUUAGAUUUGAUACUCUGGUUGGAGAGCAUGGCCUCGGUGGUGAGGAGAGGCUCUCAGAGGAAUGGAUUCAAAGGGGAAUUGAGGGUGUUUCGUCAGCGUGGUGA